GGGCGUCUGGCAUAGUAGGCUCUCAUCCACAUCUUUGCUCCCGUCUCUCCUUGGAUUCCCGCACCUUCGUUUUCGUCUGGUCUGUCUUUGGUUUUCAAUGAGGUUGCUGCCCUUCUCUCUAUUUCUCGUUUUACUUGCGUACGAACCCGUCCUUGCCUCACGACCUUCAAAACGACACUACUCUACUCAUGAUUACUAUGUCUUGGAACACAACCCUCACGCGGGUGCUUCGCUGGCCGAAACCGCACGAUCACUAGGUGUCGAGGUCGUUGAACAAGCGGGAGAACUACGAAACCAUUGGCUUGUACGGACGGAGAAACCUCGUUCACACAACCUUAGUGCUCGAGAUUCCGAGGAUCGUGUAAUCCGAGCACUAGAAGAGAUUCGCCGUAGUGCUGCUUCGCCCUUCGAAAGCAGAUCGGAAGAUGUACAGCAUAGAAAGAGGCUAUCGUCUGCUGUCAAAUAUCUGUCUCGACAAGACUUACGACAACGCGUGAAGCGUGCACCACCACCCAUACCUGCCCCACAUCCUCAUGACGCCGAGAAGGUAGCUUCAGUUGCUCAACGACUGAAUAUAGUGGACCCUGAAUUCCCUCGACAAUGGCAUCUAGUGAACGACGAGUACCCUGCGCAUAUGAUGAAUGUGACUGCGGUGUGGGAAAUGGGUAUUACGGGGAAGGGUGUUAUAUCUGCCCUUGUGGAUGAUGGUUUGGACUACAACAGCGACGAUAUUGCUGCGAACUUCGAUGCAUCAGGUUCUCAUGAUUAUAACGACCAUGUCGACCUUCCCACCCCGGUUCUCUUCGACGAUCAUCACGGCACUCGCUGUGCUGGCCAGAUUGCUGCAGUGAAGAACAACGUAUGUGGUAUAGGCAUUGCUUACGAGUCCAAGGUUGCCGGUAUUCGGAUACUCUCAGGACCAAUUUCAGACAUCGACGAAGCAGCCGCGCUUAAUUAUGGCUACCAAAACUCCUCCAUUUACUCGUGUAGUUGGGGUCCUCCUGACAAUGGUAAAGCUAUGGAAGGACCGGGAUAUCUCAUCAAGAAGGCCAUGGUGAAUGGUAUUCAGAACGGUCGAUCUGGCAAGGGCUCCGUAUUCGUCUUUGCUAGCGGGAAUGGAGGCAGGAACGGCGACCAGUGCAACUUCGAUGGUUAUACAAACAGUAUUUUCUCCGUCACCGUGGCAGCGCUGGACUAUCGAGGUCUUCACCCAGACUACUCGGAACCUUGCGCUGCCAAUAUGGUUGUUGCGUACUCUUCGGGAAGCGGUAACCACAUUACAACGACAGACAUCGGCAAAAACAAGUGUGCACACACGCACGGUGGCACAUCGGCUGCCGCUCCGAAUGCAGCGGGUGUCUUCGCGUUGGCUCUCAGUGCUCGUCCUGAUCUAAGCUGGCGCGAUAUUCAGCACCUCUGCGUACAAACCGCCUUGCAUGUCAAUCCCGACGAUCCCGACUGGGAAAUGACCGCCGUUGGUCGCCCAUUCAGUUACAAGUACGGUUACGGCAGUUUGAAUGGCGUUGACUUCAUCAAGGCGGCACAGGACUGGCAGCUCGUCAAGCCUCAGGCAUGGGUAGAUCUCCCGGUCGUCCAGCUCAAUAAUGGUACUAUGGAUGUAUUCCACUCUGCGUCUGGAGGUGUGGAUAUUGUACCUGGUGGCGUUACUAGCACUGUUGAGGUGACCAAGGAUAUGCUGAACCAACAAAACUUUGAGAGGUUGGAACACAUUACGGUGAAGGUCUGGAUCACACAUACCCGAAGAGGCGAUGUAGAGGUUGAGUUAGUCAGUCCCAAUGGCAUCAGGAGUAUUUUGGCAGCCAAACGGUACCAGGACUCUUCAGAUAGCGGCUUCCCUGGCUGGACUUUCAUGACAGUAAAGCAUUGGGACGAAGACCCGACUGGUUCAUGGACCAUACGAGUGUCAGAUCAAGACAAGGAAGACCAGAAUGGCGUUUUCCUUGGUUGGACCAUGACUCUAUGGGGUUCUGUCAUUGAUGCCUCAAAUGUCAAGGAGUACGAAGUGCCUCUCAUAGAUGAUACCCUUCCUCCUCUGGUCUCGCAUGACGAAACGUCCUCGCCAACACCUACGGCUACCAGCAAGACUCACCCCAAACCCACUGCAGACCUCCCAGGUGACCACGGUUCUGCAGAAGGCGAAGCCGACAAACCCGCUUUCCCAGGUGGCACAAGCACUGAAAAUGCGAAGCCCACGGACGCGUCCGAAGCUAUUGAGUCUUCCCCUGCAACCAGUAGUUCGACGCCGACGCCUGACGAAGGCUGGUUCUCCGACCUCUCCAAUCUCGUCACAAACCAAGUUUGGUUCUUCGUUGCCUUAGGUGCAGUAGCGCUCUUCGGUGCAGGCGUUGGCAUAUUCUUCUGGAGACGUGCAGUCAGGCGAAGAAGGAAUUACAGCAGUCUUCCUGCAGACGAUGUUGCUAUGGGUUCUCUGGGAGGUAGACGCCCUGGUCCAAGGACCAAGGAGCUCUACGACGCGUUUGGUGAGGUAUCUGACGAUGAGGAUGCUGAUGAAGAGACUGGCUUGCGGCCAGGUCGUAUGGAGGAGAGGUCACCGAAUGUUGGGCUGUCAUAUCAUUCUGGCUUCCUAGAUGACGACGCACCUUCGACGGCUGGUGGCCCACCGACGUCUCGAUACAAAGACGAGCCCGAUCAUCCAGAACCUGAGCGGCAUUUGGAGCGCCCACAUAGUCCAGAGAGUCAUGAUAGCGGAAGUGGAGAUGGUAGCUGGGAACACGCCUCAGAGACACGAUGAUAUCAUACUCACUUAUUCCCUCAUAUCAUUUUGGAUUCACCGCCCAUGUAGAAGGUCUUGUUCAUUAUUGUUCUAUCUGGGAGCGGAUGGUAUAUUUAUUUAUACGAUACAAUGAAAUACCCUCAUACAAAGCAAAACAUACAGCAUUGAGACAGCAAAGGAAAAUAGGAAAAUACAAGUAUGUUAUACCUCUCCCUGGAUGAAGCGCAGUUUUGUGUUAUUGGCUACUCGCAUCCAUACGUCAUUGUCCUCGUACUACAAGAUCAAAUAUAAGUAAGGGUAUGGGC